AUGGGGCACCUGGUAACUUUGGCGACAUGCAACCUGAACCAAUGGGCUCUCGAUUGGGAGGGUAAUCGGGACAGGAUCAUUGAAAGUAUCCGGCAGGCAAAGGCCGCUGGCGCUACUCUGCGAGUUGGUCCAGAGCUUGAGAUUACCGGAUACGGCUGUCUUGAUGCCUUCCUUGAAGGCGAUACCUUCCUUCACUCAUGGGAAAUGCUUGCCCAGAUCAUCGAUCACCCGGAUUGUCAAGAUAUCGUGGUAGAUAUUGGUAUGCCAGUCCGACACAGAAAUGUUCGAUACAACUGCCGCAUCAUUUUCUACAAUCGCAGAAUUGUCUUGAUCCGCCCCAAGAUGUGGUUGGCUAACGAUGGAAAUUACCGCGAAUACCGCCACUUUACACCCUGGCAGCGCCCCCAGGAGACGGAAGACUACUAUCUCGAGCAGAUUGCCGGCAAAAUUACCGGACAGUAUAAAGUGCCAUUCGGCGAUGCGGUUAUCAGUACGAGAGACACCUGUUUGGGCUUGGAGACCUGCGAGGAGCUAUUUACGCCAAAUGGACCUCACAUUCCCUACGGAUUAGCAGGUGUUGAGAUCAUUUCCAACUCUUCCGGCAGCCAUCAUGAGCUUCGAAAGCUUGACACGCGCCUGAACCUCAUCACUCAGGCCACCAGAUUGAGCGGAGGUAUCUACCUUUAUGCCAACCAGCAAGGUUGUGAUGGCGACAGAUUGUAUUACGACGGCUGCGCCAUGAUCGUCAUCAACGGUGAAAUUGUUGCUCAGGGCUCCCAAUUUUCUAUGCGCGAUGUAGAAGUCGUCACUGCUACUGUGGACAUUGAAGAAGUUCGAACUUACCGAGCUAGUGUCAGCCGUGGUAUGCAGGCAAGCAAGCAGUCACCCUACCAGCGCAUCGAUCUCGACGUGAGACUCUCUCGCCGCCCCGAAGAUGCCGAUCCCAGCCUUACAGUAUCUGAGCCUCGCAAAGCUCGCAUUCAUGCACCAGAAGAAGAGAUUGCACUCGGACCAGCUUGCUGGCUGUGGGACUACCUCCGUCGAUGCGGUGUUGCUGGGUUCUUCCUUGCCCUGAGUGGUGGUAUCGACAGCUGUUCCUCUGCGCUGAUCGUGCACUCGAUGUGUCGACAAGUCUUGAAGGCUGUCAACGAGGGUAACGAGCAGGUGAUCAGGGAUGUUCGUCGCCUUUGUGCUAAACCCGCAGAUUCAGAUUGGCUCCCCUCAUCAAGCCAGGAAAUUUGCAUGUGUAUCUUCCACACCGCGUACAUGGGCACCCAAAACUCCAGCCAUGAGACUAGAGACCGGGCCAAGAGACUUGCUCAAGAUAUCGGCUGCUAUCACAUCGAUUUCAACUUUGACACGGUUGUCACAGCCAUCAUGAACGUUUUCACUGCCGUAACAAGCUUUCAACCACGCUUCAAAUUCCACGGCGGUGCGCCUGCCGAGAAUCUGGCUUUGCAGAAUGUGCAGGCUCGUAUGAGGAUGGUCUUCUCUUAUCUCUUUGCGUCAUUGCUACCGACUGUCCGCCAGCGUCCUGGUGGAGGUGGUCUACUGGUUCUUGCAUCGUCGAAUGUUGAUGAAUGUUUGCGAGGCUACCUUACGAAAUAUGACGCCUCAUCUGCCGAUCUCAACCCGAUCGGCAGUCUCAACAAGGUCGAUCUAAAGCGUUUCAUUGCUUGGGGCGUUCGCGAAUUCGACAUGCCCAUUCUGACCGAAUUCUUGGAGGCCACUCCAACUGCCGAGCUAGAACCUUUGGCAGCCGCACAGUCCGACGAAGUUGACAUGGGAGUCAAAUAUUCCGAGUUGGGUACAUUCGGAUAUCUCCGGAAGGUUGCGAAGCUCGGCCCUUGGUCUAUGUACGAGAAGUUGCUCCAUGUCUGGGGUAACGAGCUUAGCCCGCGUGAAAUUUACGAGAAGGUUCGCCACUUUUCGUUCUACUACGCCAUUAAUCGUCACAAGAUGACAACCAUUACACCAGCAUAUCACGCACUCGACUAUUCUCCCGAGGACAACAGGCAUGAUCUCAGACAAUUCCUAUACCCACCAUUCACAUGGGCGUACAAGAAGAUGCUGGCGAACGUUGAAUUCUGGGAAUCCAAGGGCUGGACAACGGGCAAAGGACAGAAGAAGAGUGUCAAGGCCGAUUAG